CAAGCUAAAACAACUUUAAACCAUUUUCCAAAUAACCUGUGCAAGCAAAGAAGAGGGGGUUGAUCACAGAGUGUACUGUGGCUGCCAAGAGCUCUCCAGCUGUUCUGUCUUUACUGAUCCUCUGCUAUGGAAAGAGAUCUCAGACGCUUGAAGGGAGAUUUGUGGGCUUUGGGAUCUGGGCUGGGUCGGAAACACGCCUCCUUCUCUGAAGGCGGAGGACUGCUUAUAAAGACGACUUGAGAACAGGCGUCAAUCGUGGAAACCUACAGGAAAUAGGGUGCAGCUUCUUCAAUUUCUGAAUCUGUCUUCUGUCAACACAGGCUUUUAUCACAAUGAUACACAAAGAGUUCCAGACCGCAGGCAAGAAGCCUGGUUUGCAGAUAUGGCGGGUGGAGAAAAUGGAUCUGAAACCAGUCCCUACCCAACUGUACGGAGACUUCUACACUGGAGAUGCAUAUAUAGUGCUUUAUACCAGCCCAGCUCCGUCUUACAAUGUGCAUUCAUGGAUCGGUGAUGAAGCUUCCAAAGAUGAGAGUGGAGCCGCUGCCAUUUUCCUAACUCAGCUGGAUGAUCACCUGAGAGGAGCGGCAGUACAGUUCAAUGAGUUUCAAAACCAAGAGUCAGUUACCUUUUUGGGUUACUUCAAGUCUGGCAUCAAGUACAAGAAAGGUGGUGUUGCCUCGGGCUUCCAGCAUGUUGUGACCAAUGACAUGAAUGUGAAGCGUCUGUUGCAUGUCAAAGGCCGACGGCUAGUCAGAGCCACAGAGGUGGACAUGUCCUGGAGGAGUUUCAACAAAGGAGACUGUUUCAUCAUUGACCUGGGAAAGGACAUAUAUCACUGGUCUGGUAGUGAGAGCAAUCGCUACGAGCGCCUGAAAACCACUCAGGUAGCCAACGAUAUCCGCGACAAUGAGCGAAAUGGGCGUGCCACAGUACACAUGAUUGACGAAGGUGGUGAGCCUGAAGCUGUUAUAAAAGAACUGGGACCAAUUCCACAGCUCGUAGCAGGAGGUUGUGAUGUAGCUGCUGAAAAGACAAAGGAGAACCAGGCAUCUCUCUAUUUGAUCUCUGAUGCUGCUGGGUCCAUGAAGACAACUUUGGUGGCUGAUCGAAAUCCAUUUAAUCAAGACAUGCUCUCUCAGAAUGAGUGCUACAUCUUGGACAAUGGAGUUGACAAUAACAUAUUUGUCUGGAAAGGGCGGAAUGCAAACACAGAUGAGCGAAAAGCAGCAUUGGCCGCUGCUAAGAAGUUCAUCAAAGAUCAUAACUACUCCCCCAAAACAAAGGUCCAGGUUAUUCCAGCAGAGAGUGAGACAUCUCUCUUCAAGCAGUUCUUCCUCCAGUGGUUGGAGGGAGAAGCUACAGGCCAGACCUACACUGUGGGUCGCAUUGCUAAGGUGGAGCAGAUUCCUUUUGACUCCUCCAAACUUCACAGCAACAAUAUCAUGGCUGCCCAGCAUGGAAUGGUGGAUGAUGGCUCUGGAAAGACCCAAAUCUGGCGUGUGGAAGGAAGCGACAAAGCACCUGUGGACCCGUCUAGAUAUGGGCAUUUUUAUGGAGGUGAUUGUUACCUGAUACUCUACUCCUACAGUGAUGCAGGCAGACAGAAGCAUAUCAUCUACACUUGGCAAGGGCAGAAGUGUACCCAGGAUGAACUUGCUGCUUCAGCUUUUCUCACUGUUAACCUGGAUGACUCCAUGGGAGGAAUAGCUACGCAGGUUCGGGUCACUCAGGGCCAAGAGCCCCCUCAUCUUGUGAGCUUGUUCAAGGACAGACCUUUGGUCGUCCACCUGGGUGGGACAUCUCGUAAAAGUGGUGAAAGUCAGCCUGGCAGUACACGACUGUUCCACAUUCGCCAGAGUUCCACCAGAGCCACAAGAGCUGUUGAGGUGGUACCCACCGCCCCCUCUCUGAACACCAACGAUGUCUUUGUGCUGAAGACACCUAAUGCCCUGUUCCUGUGGAAAGGAAAAGGAGCCAGUCCAGAUGAGAUAUCUGCAGCUAAAUAUGUUGCAAGCUGGCUGGGUGGAACUACCACUGAAGUGGAUGAGACUAAGGAGCCAGCUGGUUUCUGGACAGCACUGGGUGGGAAAAAGGCUUACCAGAGUUCUAAGUCUCUGCAGAAAAUGGUCAGACCCCCAAGACUGUUUGGCUGCUCAAACAAGACAGGCAGGCUGAUUGCGGAAGAGGUGCCUGGCACCCCCUCACAGAUUGAUCUGGCCACUGAUGAUGUCAUGAUUCUGGACACGUGGGAUCAGAUCUUUGUUUGGAUUGGAAGAGAUGCCAAUAUGAUGGAAAAAACUGGAGCACCUAAGAUUGCCCAAGACUACGUGAACUCGGACCCCUCUGGCCGUCGUGGGAUUGCUGUCACCACCAUCAAGCAGGGUCAGGAGCUACCUUCGUUCACUGGUUGGUUCCAUGCAUGGGACCCCAAGAUGUGGGACAAAGAUCUUAUGAAGUGCAUGCAAGCCUCCACCAAAAAACAUUAAAGAAGAAAAACUACAAAGAAUUUACCUUUUAUGACUCAUGUGUUUCAUAUAGUGUUGAACUUAAAACAUAAUCGAAAUACUGAAGGCUUAGAAUGCUAGACUUUAUGUAGAUUUAGGUCAGCAACUGCAGCUGACAAAGGUUAGUGAUCUUUCUUUGUUACUUCUUUUUAUCAAUGUAUUUGUUAACCAUAAUAAGCCAUCCACUCACAAAUUUACCAUGCAACAUCCUCUAAGAUGAAUGUACUCUUAGAAAGAUUUUAAUUGACAUAUUUCAGAGAUGCGGGCAUAAACAAUUUACAAAGAAUAAUGUGCUUUGACAUAAAAGUAUGUUAUUUGCAGAAUGAGACAUUUGUAUUCUGAACUUUAAUAAUAAAGUUUCUGAUCAUGAUCUAUUGUAUUGUUUUGUUUUUCACAUCUUGUUCUAUUCUCUGCUACAAUAGGCUUAUUACUAACUAAAUCCCCCAUGUGCAGCAGUACCAUGUGUAGGCCAUGACUGAUGGUAAUCUUCAGGGCGUACGCAUAAAUCUUCUGCUGAGUUGCAUGCUUGUGGAUUAAGGAGUGGACUUCAGAGUGGCUCACGUCAGAUUUUACCUCGCUUCCUUUAUUCACUUUUAUUCUCUGUCGCUGUGGCUGCAAGACAAACACAAACUGUGCAAAAAUGAGUCAGAAAGUGGUACUUAUCACAGGCUGCUCGUCUGGGAUUGGCCUCGCUCUGGCGACCCGCAUCGCAAAAGAUGAGAAGAAGAGAUUCAUGGUCUAUGCCACCAUGCGGAACCUGAGCAAAGGAGAGGCUCUGAUUGAGGAGGCCGGUAGGACUCUGGGAAGGACCUUAGAGAUCAAACAGCUGGACGUGUGUGACGAGGACUCAAUCAAAGCUUGUGUGGACAGUUUGCCUGAGCGUAGGGUGGACAUUCUAAUUAGCAAUGCUGGGAUGGGUCUGAUUGGACCUAUUGAAUGUCAGUCCAUUGAGGAGAUGAAAACUGUCAUGGAUACCAACUUCUUUGGGCUCGUACGAUUACUGAAAGAAAUCCUUCCUGACAUGAAGAAAAGGAAGAGAGGCCACAUUGUGGUCAUUAGCAGUGUCAUGGGCAUUCAGGGAAUUUUAUUCAAUGAUGUCUAUGCAGCAUCCAAGUUUGCAGUGGAAGGGUUUUGUGAAAGUCUUGCAAUACAAGCCUUGCGGUUUAAUCUGAACAUCAGCCUGAUCGAGCCAGGUCCAGUGAUAACUGAGUUUGAACGUAAGGUAUAUGACGAGGGCAUGAAGACUGACCUCAGCAAAGCUGACAAAGUGACUGCCGACAUGUUCACAAACAUUUACCUGAAGAACUACAAUCAAAUCUUUGAGACUCUUGGGCAGACUGCUGUGGAUGUAGCAGAGCACACCCAUAAAAUCAUCACCAUGGAAAAUCCGCCUUUUCGCCAUCAGACAAAUACUCUCUACACUCCGAUGACCACACUGAAGUAUGCUGACCCGAAUGGUGACCUUCCAAUUGACACAUUUUACAAAAUGGUCUUUGAACAUGACAAGGUCUUUAAUGCUAGCCUGAAUUUCCUCAAGCUGCUCCGCUGGAGAAGUCGCAAAAGCUUUACCUUGGAAAAGGAGAAGAGCAAAUGAGGGAUUUUUUUCAUGUGACAUGGAUGUAAUUUUGCAUAGUUUACAUAACCAAUCCUCUGUUAGACUUGUGGAGCUAAUUGCUCAAACAAAUAAACUGAUAUUCCUCACUGGCGUUGACAGUUAUUUUAACAGAUUUUUUAAAUAUGUAUCUGUAAACUUCCGCUUCGGGUUAAACAAGCGAUCAUAGCUGUCCCAAUUUAUUUAACCUCAUAACAUUUGUGUUCACUGAUAGCAUGAAUGAUAACAUGUAGUUAUGAGUGAGCACCGAGGUAGGCAAUGACACAUCCAGGCAGCAGAUGAGGCAAUUCAUAUAAUUCAUAUGCAGGAUGUUUUUUAAACCAUAGUAAAACGUUGAAUCCAAAAUUCUUUAUCUACCUUUCAUUACCUUGCUUCACAGA